ACUAGUUUCGCCAUCUAACUUUCUUCCACAUUCCUUUUCUCUCGGUCCUAAGCUAUUCUAUACUUGUUCACUCGAUUGUCGUGAUUGUGUUGUCGUCGGUUGUCGUUUCGUGUCAUUUUCAGACUCCUAAAAUUAUCAUUAGAUUUAAAUGGAUAUAAAUCAUAUUGUGCGAAUGUGUGAAAUGUCUUGUGAAAUAUGUAAAAAUAAAGUCAAUAUUUCUCUAUUUAUUUUCACCUGAUACAUAAGACACUUCAAUAAAUAAACGUUGCAAAGCACAUCAAAGAAAGAAAGAGAGAGAGAGAGAGAGAAAUAGAAGGAGAGAAAGAGAAAGUAUUUCAUCUUUUCUUGUGUGAAAUAAGGUGAACAAAGGCUGUCAGAGAAAUAAUGGCAUCGCAAGAUCUCCACUUGGCAUAUGACAUGCAUGAAAAACUCAAUUGUUUAGGCGUAACGGAAAAUGCAAUUAAUCUAGAAAAGGAGAAUACCAUUUAUAUACAAACAUUGGUGGACAAGGCACUAGAAUUUAUCGAUCCUACUCCUAAUAUUCAUACAUUAUUUGUACAAUUCAAUACACGUUUCUUUUGGAGUGUUUUGUCUCCUGUUCAGGUUAAAUGGAGUAAUAGAAUGACAAGUUGUGCUGGAGUUUGCACUUUUCACUCGCGUAAUAAAGAAUGUAUCAUAUCCCUCAGUGCACCUUUACUUAAACUUAGACCAAGGAAAGAUCUUGUUGAAACUUUAUUGCACGAGAUGAUUCAUGCAUACUUAUUCUUAACAAAUAAUGAUCGUGACAGAGAUGGUCAUGGACCAAAUUUCUGCAAACAUAUGUAUAGGAUAAAUAAAGAAGCAGGAACCAAUAUAACAAUUUACCACAAUUUUCAUGAUGAAGUAAGAUUGUACAAACAACAUUGGUGGAAGUGUAAUGGACCUUGCCAACAUAGGCCACCUUUUUUUGGUACAGUUCGACGCAGUAUGAAUCGUGCACCUGGCCCAUCAGAUUUCUGGUGGGGUGAACAUCAACGGAAUUGCAAUGGCGAGUUUAUAAAGAUAAAAGAGCCGAAAAACUAUAAAUCCCAUUCAAAGCAGAGUGAUAAAUCAAAAUCGAAAGAUCAGAAACCAAGUAAAAGUAUCACUGAUUGGUUCACAAAGAAUACUCCAGCAAUAGAUGCAACAGCUACAUCUUCAAAGGUCUCUCUUACUAAUAAUGACUCUAAAAUACUCACUCAAAGAAAUAAUGAUAAGCCUAGUACUAGUAAAGAUAAUAAUGGUACAAAUUCGUUUCGUGCUAUGAAUGAGAAAAAUACCCAAGAUUUGUCAUUAGGAAUGAAAAAAUUGGGUGGCUCUAGUAAUAAUGUACAUGGCUGGGGUACCAGCGGCCCAAGUGGAACAGUAGAAAAGGAUAAUACAAAGAGCGUUUUUAAGAACCCCACAUUUUCAUGUUCCGGUGUUUUAGGAGGUAGUAACAGUGGUCAAAGUAAUCUGUUGACUAAAUUUAUGCAUGCAAAUGAUGAUGAAAAUCACCGACGUGAAUCAACUAGAAGAAAUUCAUUAUCAGAAUCGAUCGCGAGACAAGAGAGAUCUGUUAAUAAUUCAGUCUUAAAUCUAAGUCAACCAAGAAAUAAUUCUGUACCUUGUCCCACGUGUAAUGUACCUAUGACUUUAGAAAACAUAUAUAGACACGUAGAUACAUGCCUAAUAAAUGAUAAUACAUUGAUUGAUGAAAUUAAUAACAAUAUCAAUAACAACAAUAAUAACGAAGAAUUAAUGUUGCCUAUUCGAACGUUUUCUACAUCAACAGUAGAACAAAGUAUCGAUACAAAUACCAUUUCUAAUAAGCGUUUAAGAUUAAAUAAUCCAGACGAGAUAGCUGAAUAUGUCAACUGUCCUGUUUGUAACAAAAGACUGCCAUCUACAGAUAUUAACCAACAUCUUGAUGAAUGCUUGUUGGAAGCAGAUACAGUUCGUAAAGCUGCCAUUCCCUCUACUUCUCGUGCAUCAUAUGAUGAUAGUAUAAUCAGUAUAAAUAGUUUUUCUAGUUCUGAUCUAGAUGAUUCUGUAAUCAUCGAAAAUCAUUCUAUAGUUAACGAAAUUCCAAAAGCACAAUCUUACGCUAGUACUAGUACUAUUAAGAGCGAUGCAACAGAUUCCGAACACAAAUGUUUGGUUUGCAAUAUACAGCUUCUACCUGAGAUAUCAUUAAAUGAACAUCUUGAAGAAUGUAUUGGAAGUCUUUUUAAUGACGACACAAUGAUAAUAGAUGAUGAUAAUGAUCAGAAUGAUGAUGAUAUGCUUGUAGAAAAUAAUUCUGUGGAGAGUAGAUAUCCUUGUCCAGUAUGCAUGCAGAUAAUACCAGAAAAUCUUAUGAACCAGCAUCUAGAUAUGUGCCUUAAAAAUGAAUAAGUGAUCUUAUCAACAAAAAGAACUAUUUUUUUGGAGCUAAUAACACAUUUUUUUCAUCUUGAUAUGUAGCUAAAUAAACUAUCUUAAUAAAUA